AUGCGUGCUACCACCUUCCUCUUCGGCGCAGCCAGCCUCCUUGCCGCGACCCCAUCAGUCUGGGCCGCAACCAGCCAAUGUGUGCAGACUUGCGAGACCUCCCACCCAGCUAUCUCGAUGUGCACUGGCAGCGAAACAGGCAAAGCGCUUGCUGAAUGCACCUGUGCCAGUUUUACAGCCGCAAGCCCCAUGAUCAAAUGCAUCAAGCAGUGCCCGACGGCCGACCAGUCACAGUAUGCUGCCGGCUUGCCUUCUCUAUGCCGUGGAGAACUCUUCCCUGGGGUCAAAGUCUCUAGCGCGACGACAACGAGUGCAUCGGGCGGAGCCACUUCCGCUAGUGCGUCGCCGUCUCAGACCACUCCGGCGAGCGCGACUACUACCAAUGGCGCUGCCAUAAAUGCGCCGACGCAGAUCGCUAUGGUGGGUGCUGUGUUGGCUGGAUUAUUGGUUUAG